UUUGCGUAGAGAAAGUACGAGGCGACAGAAGCCGGAAGUAACGUCACGCGUAUUCAACGGUGGUUUAUUUUGAAAGUACUUUCACUUCUUUUGUGGGUUAGGCUGGUUAGACUUGACACUUUGCUUGCCUUGUUGAGUCAUCGCUGAAAGCAGCUCAGAACCAUGCGAGCCUCCGUCCUGGAGCCUGAACACUGAAGCUCUCUGGGGAUUUUAACUCCUCUUUCGCUGCACUCACUGCCAAGUCGGACUGAACGGACAGCGGAUAAAAUAAUAUUGUUGGGGAGAGAAGCACCAGAGGCUCCGCGGCAUCAGCGGGCGAACUUGGCUUCUCUACCCCGUGGGGGGUGUCUGCCUGUCGGCUUGCCGCUGCGUGCAAGUCCCGCUGACCACUUGGUGCUCCAAGCCCCUUUUCGUGUCUUCUGUGGAGGUUCCAAGCUACUAUUAAGUCGUGCCGUUGUGGCAAAUGUCUUUAUCGUCUCUGCGGGCUUUUCGUCAAGCAUCUGUGGCCUUAAUGUGACAUUUGGUCGUGACACCGCGCAGGAUCUUCAUCAAGUUCGUGGCCCUCCAAACUCCUCCAAGCAGGACGAGAACAGAUGUAACAGUGACCAGGAAAGACCAGGACCAAGCUGGGCCGGGUUAGGCCAGGCUAGGCCCACCUUCCCUGAGCAGGUUCUCAAAGAGUUCCUCCUAGUAGGUUAGUCUGGAAACAUCCUUGGUCUGUCCAUGUCUUCAAUGCACUUCCCUGGAUGUUGGCAGCAGGAUGGAUUUGGAUGUUGAUCUCACAGUUUCCUAUUCCUUUCGUUGCCUUCUGACCUUUCCCUCCCUGCUCUUCAAAAGAAAGCCCCUUGCGCUCUCCUGGGGCUUCCCUAAACCCAGUAUAGGGUCCUACAGGAACUGUAGCUUGUCUUUCUACUAACUCUUAUGGUGCUUUGAGAAUGCUCCAUUGCUGUUCCACCUUGGUUGAUUUUAUUGGAGGCUGAGGAGAAGUUACAUUUAGCAAACCUUUGUGGUCUGGGAGGAAGAAUGUCGGAAAGCAAUAGCAAAGCAGUGAAAUUCAUUGCCCCGGCCCCUCUGUCGCUGACCCCUCAGACCCCCCACAAGAAUGUGAACUGCUCUGCAAGUUCAGACUCGCAUGUAGUGGACAAGCUGGAGGGACACCCGGAGGUCCAACGACGGCGUCACACGAUGGACAGAGACUCCAAGACGGCCGAGCACCGCUUCUUCCGCCGGAGUGUCAUCUGCGACUCCAAUGCCACCGCCCUGGACCUGCCCAGCAAGGCAGCGGUGACGCUCACCUCGCUGCCAGACUGCAGGGGACCCCCCGUCAGCUAUUUGGUUUCUCGCACUGCGGAGCGAGACGUCCAAGAGGCAGUGGAAGGCCCCUCUUUGCAAAGCUUGCAGCCCGGGGCACCUCUAGAGGGGCAACGCCAAAAUGUCGGCGUGGGUCACGUUGGACACGCUGAUGGCGUGGUAAAGGAGCCGCCUUCGGCCGUAGUGGAUGUCAAACAAACGGGAGACCGGCAGCGCGACUCCCUGCAGGAGAUGGCCAAAGACGAAAAAGUGCACGAGUGCAGCAUCAGCAGUCCCACGGAGGAGAAGGAGCGAGAGACGGAGCUGGCCAAAGCACGCGCUGAGCAGAGGGAGGCCGAGAAGCGAGUGCAGGAGGACAUCGAGGAGGCCGAGACGAAGGCCGUCGGGACGUCACCGGAUGGACGCUUCUUGAAAUUCGACAUUGAGAUCGGGAGAGGGUCCUUCAAGACGGUGUACAAGGGGCUCGACACAGAGACAACGGUGGAGGUGGCGUGGUGCGAGCUGCAGAUGCACCUCAAGGCUGCAGCAGUCCCAGUGGCUAAAAUCAGCUUUGCACCUUGGAAACACCGCUUUGUUUAUCAGAAAACAAGCAGUCAGCUCCCCAACACGAUCAACAAUGAGGUGCCGUGUCAAGCAGGUGUUUAUUGGGCGCAAGUCAGUUUGAUUUUGAAGGGGAUUCUCUUGCAGGACAUAUUUAAUAUAUUCUGGCUUAACACUGCAUUGAAACAUGAUGUAUGGGAAGUGUUAUGUAAGGAUGUCCUGUGGUGAUGAGGCACACUGUAAGCAUGCAGAGACAUGUUGCUUCCUACAGAUUCUUUUCUGCAAUCCUUCGUGGCGUCUGUGCCUGUGUCUAUUGCGUGCGUGUGUGUGUGUGUGUGCGUGCGUGCUGGAGUACAGUUACAUGCAUGUUUAUUCAGUGUGUGGGCAACUGGAGAUGUGUGGGAGUCUACUAUCUAUAAUAUAUAUCUAUAAUCUCUAUCUAAUCUUUAUUUGCACAGGACAUGGUUGAGUUUCAAUAUUAUGCAAAAGUGACUUUUUAAAAGCAGUCUUUAUGUGCCUUUUUAU